AUGUCUAAUAAGUUUUAUGAAUCACCAAAAGCUAAUCUUUUUCUUGAUUUAAUCACAGGUCUCGCUUCAAAUGAAAUUAUCUGUCAUGUUACGCGUGUCGGAGGUGGUUUCGGUGGUAAAGAAUCACGUAAUAUUAUUCCGUGCAUCACAGUUGCUUUAGCUGCCUACGAUCUACAAAUGCCUGUACGUCUCUGUCUUACACGUGCAGAAGAUAUGAAACUGACUGGUCAUCGUCACCCGUUCAAAAUUGUUUAUAAAAUUGGUUUUCUCCAUAGUGGAAAGUUAAAAUCUCUCGAUCUUUGCCUUUAUGGUAAUGGUGGCUAUUCGACAGAUUCAAGUCUAAUAAUGAUUGAGCGUGCCAUGUUACAUUGUGAUAAUAUUUAUAAAUGUGAAAAUAUGCGAGUGAGAGGACGAAUCUGCCGAACAAAUCUACCGAGUAAUACAGCAAUGAGAGGAUUCGGUUGUCCGCAAGGUCUCUUAGCAUCAGAAUUGAUUAUGGAUCAGGUCUGCAGUUAUCUACAAACAAAUUACGAACAAUCUAUUAUACGUGAAUUGAAUAUUUAUGAGCCGAAUGAAAAAACACAUUUUAGCCAGGCGAUUAAAAGAAAGGAUUGGCAUGUACCAAAAAUGUGGAAAAAUUUAAAAGAAACAGCACUAUAUGAACAGCGUUUGAGAGAUGUUGAAGAAUUUAAUGAGAAAAAUGAAUUUCGAAAACGAGGUUUGAGUAUGAUUGGAACGAAGUUUGGUAUUGGGGCUACAUCGGCAUUGUUUUUUCAUCAAGCUGGAGCAUUAGUGAAUAUUUACAACGAUGGAAGUGUUCUAAUUACACAUGGAGGCGUUGAAAUCGGCCAAGGUCUUCAAAUGAAAAUGUUACAAAUUACAGCUGAACAACUUGGUAUUGAUAUCUCUCUUGUUCGUCUACACGAAACUGCAACAGACAAAAUACCAAACACAACGCCAACAGUUGGAUCCCUAUCAUCAGAUCUUUACGGUCCUGCUUUAAUCGAUGCUUGUCAACAACUCAACAAAAAGCUCGCACCAUUGAAAGUGAAACAUCCAACUUUGACAUGGGAAAAACUUAUCGAACAAGCAUACUAUGAACGUAUACAAUUAUUUACAAAUGGGUUUUAUAUUGUACCAGAGAAGUUUCUGAAACAUAAUUGGGAAAAGAAUGAUGUUAAUUUUAUGUAUUUUACACAAGGAGUUGGAAUGAGUGAAGUUGAAAUCGAUUGUUUAACAGGAGACUUUCAUAUUUUGAGAACAGAUAUUCUAAUGGAUUUUGGAAAAUCAUUGAAUCCAUUUAUUGAUAUUGGACAGAUUGAAGGUAAAUAAUAACUUGCUU